GGCUUAGCUUUCAAAUCAGAGGUUCAUCUUACCCAGGAAAAAAGAAUGGCUUAUAUGAAGAUGAGAUGGAUAUAUAUUUCCCUGGUGGUCCUGGGAGCCCUCCUUUGUCUGUAUUUUAGUCUGAGUCCUUUUAAAGAAGGAUCAUUGGUUUUCAAGAAGGAAGGUGGGAACUUCCUUCAGCUCCCAGAUAUAGACUGCAGGCAGGAUCCCCCCUUCCUGGUCCUGCUGGUGACUUCAUCCCACGAACAGGUGCAUGCCCGCUCGGUCAUCCGGAACACGUGGGGAAGAGAAAAGAUCGUGAGGGGAAAACGAAUAAAAACAUUCUUCCUCCUGGGAACCACCCCCAAGAAGGACUUUUCGCAAACAGCAGCCCAAGAGGGCCAGCAAUACCACGAUAUUAUCCAGAAGGACUUCAUUGACGUGUAUUUCAAUCUAACUCUGAAGACCAUGAUGGGUAUGGAGUGGAUCUACCACUUUUGUCCACAGGCAUCUUUCGUGAUGAAAACAGACUCUGACAUGUUUGUCAACAUCAACUAUCUGACUGAACUGCUCCUGAAAAAGAACAGGACAACUCGGUUUUUCACCGGCUUCUUAAAACUGAACGAAUAUCCGAUCAGGAAAAGGUACAACAAAUGGUUUGUUAGUAAAUUCGAAUAUCCGUGGGACAAGUACCCGCCCUUUUGCUCUGGCACUGGCUAUGUUUUCUCCAGCGAUGUGGCAGGUCAGGUGUACAAAGUUGCUAAAAGCGUCCCGUUCAUUAAACUGGAAGAUGUCUUUGUGGGGCUCUGCCUGGAAAAACUGCAAAUCAAACUGGAGGAACUUCACUCCAAGCAGACUUUCUUCCCCGGUGGGCUACCCUUCUCCGUGUGCCGUUACAAGAAGAUUGUGGCCUGCCAUUAUGUCGUGCCUAAUGAUAUCCAGAGGUAUUGGCAGGCUCUGGAAGAUUCCCUGGAAGGAGAGUGUCCAGAUAUCUGAGGGGACCCCAGCGGCACACCUGGACACACACCAGACAACCCACAGUGACAGCUUUUGGAAGAUCUUUGAGGCGUUGCUGAGACUCGUCGGGGUGGGGAGGGAAUGAAGAAGGAAGGGGCAGAAGAGUGAGUGUGAUGCCCUGAAGCCUUCCUGACCUAAACCUGAAUGCCACGGCUGAUGAAUCCCCACUUGGUGCCCCAAGCCAUAACAGAUACCAUCUCUUGAGUACCUACCCCACUGCACUAAGUGAUGUACACCUGCAUCCCAAUGGAGUGGUGGGUGUUACCAUUCCCAUCUCACAUACAAGGAAACAGCAGCUUAGAGAAACACAAGGACCUGUCCCAAGGAUUACAGCCCGGAGAUGUUGGAGCAGGGAUGAGGAGCCAGUGCUGUCAGAAUCCGGGCGGCUCAGUCCAGAAUCUAGAGUCCUCCGCCUCAGUCCACCCCGUGUGCUGCCUCCCUGGGAGAGGAUGGCGGUGAGGGGGGCGGGGCUCAGAGGGAGGCCUGGCUGCUGCCUCUGUCAGUCCCUUGCUAGAGUCCCCUGCUCCUCCAAUCCCAUUCCUCUGCUUUUUAGUGCAGAGACCUGGGUGAACCAAUGCACCCCCAGCUCCCUUUGUUCACUGUGUUGGGUCUGGCUGGCCUGAGACCCUGUUCGCAGCUUGGCACGCAACUCGCUGCAAAGAAUGUCCCAAAAGACACCCCCACAGUGGCUGCAGCUCAGCCCCCAAGAAACACCCAGCUCCAGACAGAAAUCAGUCUUCAUAGAUUUGGCUCAGAAAUCACUGUGAAGCUCAACGUGUUGUAUAGAUUUGUUGGCUACUCUGUUAAGUGUGGGACCCCAAGAGCAUGGCAUUUCCUCAAAGCUUUGCCUGUGAAGGAUGCUGGGAGCUUUUCUAGGAAUUCAGGUGGAUUGAAGCCAAGACACUCUCAAGAACCCCCUGGGACACUGAGAACUAAACUGAGUCCUGGUCAAGGGAGCAACUCCCUGGGUCCAUUUCUUAAGCCUGAUCCCAGCUCAGCUUCUUUGAAUAUCUCAGAUGGCCAAGGAACAGCUGAGUUUUGUGGUGUGUUCUUCUCCUGGAGGUUCGGAAGAGCCUGUUCUGCAGGGUUGUGUGGCAACAAAGCACUUUUUUUUUUUUUGGCCAGGGUCUUUGCCUGUUCAGCCAAUGUCACAUGACAUGCAAAGCCAUCUUGCUCCCGACCGUCAGGUUGUUUGGUUCUUACUUUCUACUUUACCGGACUGGACAUUAGCGGCCCGCAAAGCCAAGACCCCACGUGUCUGUGAAACUUGCAGAUGUUGGGUGAAGCUCUUACCUGAACUCGGGAAGAGAUGUUUGCUGCUGAGUGGUCAUGGCCGUGUUAAAUUGCAAAAUGGCAUCUUACUUUGCACAGUGUUUCUCCUGCCUGGAUGGAGCCUCUUUUUGGCAGAUGUGUUUUCUUAUCCUGGCUGCUCUGAAUGUGCUGGGUCACGCUCAGAAAAGCCGCCUCCUCAGGUGGGAAAAUCAGGGGCUUUUUUGAAGCCCAGAUUUUGCCAGGGCCAGUCCUCGGUCCCGUAGGAUGGGCUGCUUCUGAUUCUGGAGAUAAUGGUGGGCUUUGAGGGUGAAGGAGUUUGUCUGGCAGUAGGGCUGCGUCUGUGCUUAGAUGUCCACUUUGUGUGCUGUGAGCGUGCAUGCGGCCUCCGGGCCGGGUGGGUGAGUGUGGCCGACUCAGGAUCUGGUUUUCUCAGCAUCCGCCCAAGGCCCUCGGCCAUAGGGGCCCAUGAGCACAGGCUUAGCCCCACCGACAGCCUCUGUGUGUUCUUAAAGGGUUUUCUGCAAAACACAUUCCACCCCCCACCCUGACUCUAUUUCUUUAGGUAAUGAAGGCCUUUUUUUCUCUAGGGAAAAAUAUUUUGUGACUAUAGAACUUGAAGGGACCUUUGAGCUCAUUUGGUCCAGCCUUUCCGUAGGGUAAAAAUAAAGCUCAAAGAGACCCAGAGGCUUGCCCAGGACUUCACAGCUUGUUCAUCGUGGAGUGCAGGUUCCAGCCGAAAUUGUGUUCCGUGAUGCCGUCCUGCCCGUAUGUGAGAGUAAGAAACUGUGAAAGUGUGAACUAAGAGGCAAAGCGAUGCUUUUCCAGUAACACCCAAAGUGAGUUUCAGAAUGGAAUUGGGGAGGAGCCAGGCUGGUGAGGCAGUGGCUUUGCUCACAGGCAUCUGGGAGGAAUGAUGCUGAUGGCAGAUACCCUUUGUGAGGCCCUGAGAUAAGGGCUUUACAAGUACCACCUCCUGACAUGCUCACAGCUCCUCCAGUGGGGAGGUGACUACCCAUUUCCUUGCUUUACAGGUGAGGAGACAGAGGCAGGGACAGCGUAAACAGCUAGCUCGAGGUUACAUAGCUGAAAAGUAGCAGAAAUAGGACGUGAACCCAAACUCUUGGGGGCACCGUGAGUGUUGGUCACACAGCGCUGCAGCCCCCAGGUGGUCAGCUGGCCCGAGAGAUGCAGUCAGAAGUGUCCAGAGGGAUGCAGGUGCCACUGCCUUGGUGGCUCAGGCUGCAGCCUGGCCCUUCCUCAGUCUCCCCGCACCACGCACGCCCACCCUCCAGGAUCUGAACCCAAAUCCUUCUCUCCGCUUGGACUGUGGAAAGGAAUGCGUGGGGCUCCUGUAGCGCCAGCUUCUCCACCUUUGGACUUCGUUCCCAGCUCUUCUUACCUCUGCAGAGCAAGACCCCCGCCCGGGCCUCACUCUCACCCUCACCGUCCAUUUCCCCUCUGCCAGCUCAGCCCACACGCGCCCAGACAUGCUGUCAUUUCCCAUCUUCCAAACCAUCAUAGAAGCCUUUCCCUUCACUGCCCCACUUCUCCCUCUGCUGUUUGGCCCCACAAGAGAGUUUUCCAUAUUUGUCUCCUGUUCUGACUGAAACCCCCUCUAAUCAGACUGUGGUGCCUGACUCCACCAGAUGGUUCUUAUCAAGGUCACUGAUGUCCGGAGAUGAUGGGGUCCAGGGUCAGGUCUCUGUCCUCAUCGUGCUGCCUGCACGGCUGGCCUCGCCCGCUUCCAGGACACUGGGUUCUCCUCCUCGCUGGUCCCUCCUCUGCUUGCCCCGUUUAUCUCCAGCCCGGAACUCUCUCUUGCUCUUAAGUCUCGUAUUUCCCACUGCCUACUUGACAUCACAAAGUGAGCAAAUCUGAAACUGAACUUGGGGUGAACUCGUCCCCCCACUUCUAAUCCACACCACCCGCAACCUUCACUUCCUCAGGGAAUGGCCCCUCCAUCCUUCGGCAGCUCAAGUCAAACACUCUGGAGCCAUCCGUGAGAGACGGUUGGCUCUGCCUUUAUGUUAUAUCCAGAAGCUGAUCACUGCCCCCCCACUCGUGCUGCUGCCCCCCAGUCCAAGCCUCCAUCACCUCGCACCUGUGCUGCAGCAGUAGCUUCUACCUGGUCUCUCCACCUCCUUCGUUGCAUCCCCUUGGUCUGUUUCCAAGGCAGCAUCCAGACUGCUCUUUUCAAAAUCUGGACCAGAGCAUCUCACUCCUCUGCUCCAAACCCUCCAAUGACAUCCCGUCUCUGAGGAAAAGCCACAAUCUUUAAUAUCAUUGUCUGCUUCUGUUAUUCCCUAACCUCAUCCCUUCCCACCCUCCCCUCGCUCACUCCGGCCUCCCUGAAAGGCGAUACUGUUCCCGCUGCACCCGCCUCCUGAUCUUCCUGGAACAUCCCAGACACAUUCCACUGGCCUCAGGGCCUUUGCACGGGCUGUUCCCUCUGCCAGGGUCACCCCUACCUCAGACAGUCUCGUGGCCCAUACCUUUGCUUCCUUCACGUCUUUGGCCAUAUAGUCCCUUCUUAAUGAGCCUCAUCCUGAUCACUUUCUAUGGAAUUGCAACUCACCCCACCCCCUGUCCCCUUGCCUUGUUAUAUUGUUUCGUUGCACUUAUCAAUUUCUAACAGAGUAUACAAUCUCUGUUUAUUAUCAUGUGUCUAUUUCAUUGAUUAUUUUUAUAGUUCACUCCACUUGAACAAAAGCUUUGUGCAGGAAUCAGUCUUUGUUUUCUCCACUGAUGGACCUCAAAUUCUUGGCACAGUUUCUGGUACAUAGUAGAUGCUCAAUAAAUAUUUGUUGAGUGGAUGUGAGAUGACCUUUAUGGAAGGUGGUUUUAGAGGGAAGUGGUGAACUUAGACUAAAAGGUGAAGGACUUCUAAAAUGUAGCCAGCGCUAUGGGUCCAACAUAUGGUUCCAGUGUCAAUCAGUAAAUGGGAUGCUGAAAUCCUGUUUUUGCUGAAAACUGGGAGCUGAAACCCUGGAAAUGCUAUCUGGCAGUGCUGCUUGAUCUUACCUCCUCCCCCUUUUCUAGAAUGGAAAACCUCCCACAUUGAGAAGUAGAUAGAAUCCUAUAACGUACUGUGUGCCUGUCCCCCGGCCCCCCACCCCCAGGUAAUCUUGUCGCAUCUACAGCCUCUUUCUGUUUUCACGCUUAUAGAAACUUGCCUCUUUUCCUCAACUGUAUCCAACUUUCAGUCCCAGGAGAGUGAGAACAAGGAACCACGUUGUCAGGAAACAGCCCUUGUUUCUGAAUAUGAUGACAACUGGAAUAGAAGGUGAACGUUUCAGACGAAGGUAGAAUGGCUGCGCUUCCGAACAUCAGGAGGUUUGAGAGCUCUGGUCCCAUCCCUUUAGUUUGUGUGAAGACCAAGAUGUGCAGAGUUUGAGUUCAAGGCAGCCCUCGGGGUGGGGGUGGGGGUGGCACUGAGCCUCAGCCACGGUGCCGUGCGGCCUUAUUCUUUCUUAGGUACUUAAUCCCUGUUUGCCUGGAGACCUGCCACGGUAGCCACAUAGCACGCUGUGUGGUGAGACGAGGAGGAGAAAUCCAAACCAGCAAAACCUGUCGCACCUCCUUUCCUUGAAUUCCUGGGUAGCCUCUGCUCCUGGACGCCACCCCGCCCCAGGUGCAUCUAAAAGGCACAUCUAAACCACACGCCUCACCCGCCUGCCCCCAAGCCCUGUCUUCCCAAGUGUUUGCGGUUGCAGGAAAUGCUGUCAUUGUCCAUCUGCCCCUUCAGUUCUGCCUGGCUGCCGCCCUGCCAUCCCUGAAGGCUGCUGAUUCCCAUGGAUUUGGCCUCUUCUCUCUGUUCCUGUCUGGUCUCAGAUCUGAUCAUGCUGCCUUCCAGCCUCUCCUGCACUUUACACUCAGAGCAAUUAAAAAAAAAUAUUGGUUUACAAUGUUGUGUCAGUUUCAGGUGUACAGCAAAGUGAUUCGGUUAUACGUACAAAUAUAUAAAUCUGUUCUUUUUCAGAUUCUUUUCCAUUAUAGGUUAUUAUAAGAUAUUGAAUAUAGUUCCCUGUGCGAUGCAGUGAUAUUGUUUAACUCUUUUAUUUAUAGUGGUGUGUAUCUGCUAAUCCCAAACUCCUAAUUUAUCCUUCUCCUCCCCUUUCCCCUUUGGUAAUCAUAAGUUUGUUUUCUAUGUCUGUGAGUCUAUUUCUGUUUUGCAAAUAAAUUCAUUUGUAUCAUUUUUUUAAAGAUUCCUCAUAUAAGUGAUAUCACAUGAUAUUUGUCUCUGUCUGACUUACUUCAUUUAGUAUAAUAAUCUCUAGGUCAUUCCAUGUAGCUGCAAACAGAGUCAUUUUUUUUUUUUUUUAAAAAAAGCAUAUCUGCUUAGGAAACUCAGAGACCCAGGAAAGCAGAGCGAUUGCCCCGGGGGAAUUCUGUCCUCUUGUCCACAAGCUGUGUGCUGUUUCAGAGGUCAGACCGGUGAUCCCAACUCCUGCUGGGUACCCCAGCACUGCUCCAGUGAUCCCCAAAAGCUGUCAUGAAGCGCUAAAAUGUACUUUUAAAACGAAACGAAUUAACUUUCACGUGAGUUCUUUGAUCCUCUUGAAUGUGGUGAAUCUGGGGUUGGGCUGCCUGGGCUUGGAUUUUACCUCCCUCCCUCCCUCUAUAAGCAUGUCACUUAUCUUUCCCUCGUUGUCUCCAUCUGAAAAAUGGGACAAUCAUAUUUCCCACUUCAUAGGGUCAUGUGUUCGUUGAGACAUUGCGUGAGAAUUGCUCAGGAACCUGGGUGCUUCUGAUGAUGGUCAGGGUUUGGGCUGUGAAUUUUAGUGCAUUUUAUAGUGAUCUGUGGGCAAAUCAAGACAUCUUUGGGGUGAGUCUUUAAGACUUUGUUUCAGCUCUUGCUCCUUUGUCUGCUUUUAGUCUUCCCUGGCACUCUUGAAGAUGUUCUUAUAUCCAUCGUGUUCAACACUACAGAGCACAGUAUUUCUAGACUUAGUUAAUUCAGAAGGUGUGACAACCUGAACAGGUGGAAAACCAAAUGGAGUUGGAGGUGCCUUAGAGAUUAUCUGCAGUUUAAAAAACUGCCUGCUUUUCCCAGAUGAGAAAACCAAGGCUCAGGAAACGGGAGCGACUUUUCCAGGUCCUUCAGUUAGUGGCACCUCCAGCAUCAGAAACCAGCAUCAAAAAGCUCAUGUCAGCCAUUUGUUCUUCUAUUUAUUCAUCCCUUGGGCAAAUACGCUCAGUACUUUGUACAGGACAUCAGGAAUGAGGGUCAACCUGAAGUUCACGGCCGGGUAUCUGUUCUGCAAACAGAGCGUUAGCUGGGUAAACACACAGUGUCAAGAUGAUAAAGGGGGUGUCUGUUCUCUUGACGACUGAAAGAAGCAGUGUUAGUUCCGUGCCUUCUCUGUCGACAGACGUCAUAAACCUUUUCCACACCUGCCAUCUCCUCGAUUCCUCACAGUGGCUAUUUUUAUUAUAAACAACCCCCUGGUUUUGAGCUGAGGUUCAGAGUGACUCACUGACUUGGCAGGGAGGCUCAGAAGUGGCAGAGACCACUCCUCCCAUCUUGGCCUUCAGUGCCUCCCCCUCACCAGGGCGUGGUUGGGAGCCCUCCCGCGGCGCUUAAGGACCUGCAAAGCCUCCUGAGUCUCUGAGAGGCUUAGGGCUGGCCCCGCCCAGCUGCCCAAGGGGUGCGCCAUCCUGUCUUUGUUCCACUUGCUGCUGCUUCUUUUGCAAGUGUUGACAGCAUCUCUGUCUUGUCCUUCCCUGUCCCAUGUGACCUUCUGGGACUGGGCCUUUGUUAUCUGUGGUGUCCCAGGCUCCUCUUGUUUAGCCGGCUCCUCCAACCUGUCCUGUCCCGGCCAGCCCCGUCUUGAGUUCACUCAAGUCUCCAUCUGACGGUUUGAACAAAUGUCUGGCUUCAGAACACGAACCCUCCAGACCAGUCCAGCCCACUUUUCACCUCUCUUUACUCGAAGCCCUUGCAAAACGAGCAGUCCCUCAACAGAGUGUGGGUUCAACACUGCAGGUAUUCUAUCAGCGUGCAUGUGUGUGUGUGUGAACAUGUGAUCCGAGGCUCUAAAUAGAGGCUCCACGCUCAGUGGCAGCCGGUUCCUGUAUGUUAUCUGCCCUCCCCGAGUCUGAACAAGGUGACGUUUGCUCACGUGGGAUGUAAGGAGCAGGUGCCCCCAGCAUUCUCAGCCCUGCGGACCACAGUGCGGAGGCUGAGAGGUCUGCCUUGGCACCUAUUACACAGCAAGUCUGUGCCACAUGCCACGCUUGGUGUGGUGGAAACCUGGGCUGCAGGAAUGAUCUGUGGUUGCCUUGGUCAGAGAUGUUCCUGCACUCCACCUUUCAGGCAGGAUAUUUAGAAAAAGUGAAAGACAGUAGAAGAGAUGAAAGAGCCUCUUGAAUUGGAUGUAUGUCUUAGAAGCAAGGACUGUGCUCACACUACUAUGUAGGCUGGUCCGCACCACUGAGCCCUGAUAACACCCGCUAAAGGAAAAAAGCCAAGCCUGGGUGCUUCUCCUGGGGUCUGCAGGCGGAGAUUCUACGGCUCUGUGAGAGAGUAAAUAAUUAACCAGCCUGCUUUUAUACAACAGCGGCUGUGCCUCCUCGUUUUAAAAAUAGAUGUCUCCCAUUCGGAAAUAUUUGUUUUUCUCAUUUUUUUUUUUUUAAGAAUUCAUUUUUAGCACGUGUCAUAUCAGGUCUGACGUGUUAGCAAUUUGCCAGCUAUGGCCAGCUUCUCCCAGGCUUCUCUCCCCUUGGCCCGGGCCCCUGCCUGGUGGGGAGGAAUGAGCACCUCAGUUACCCAUCCCUGGAGCCUCUUUUCUAAAUUGUUGUCGCCACCUAUUUCUAUUUCUGUUUGUUUCUACAUGAUCCAGGAAGCUGUAUGUGAACUUGGGCUGAGGUGUACUAGAAAUAAACUCUCGGUAAUGUGUCUGGGAGAUGAAAUGUGCUUGUACUCUCUGUUUUGAAUUUUAUGGAAGGAUUCAUAGCCUGUGGGAACUUAGAAGCACUAAGUCCUCUAUUUUUCUGCCUUUCAAGUGUGACUGUGAGGAAAGAACCCUUCACUCUCCGAUUGGCAACGGAGCAGGGAAGCCACCUGCCCUCCGUGUGGGGAAAGAGCCAUGAAGCCUGGGUGAGCCCAGGGGACACGGAAGCGGGGUAUGUCCUCGUGCCUGUUGAUUGGAAUAGGGACAGACCAAAAAAUUAGCUUUUAAUUAAAUUUAAAAAGCCCAAUUCUUCUUUUAUCAGACGUAAUCUACCUUAAAUAUAAGUAGAAAAAUGAAUUCCGCAGCCCCGUGUAGUUUUUGGUGUCGUGUUAUUUUGCCGUAUCCGUCUGCCCCACUAUCUCUGCACUCUGGUUUAAGAGACCCAUGCCCGAUGUAGGCAGAGUUUAGGUGGCCAGGGUGGCCUUUACCCAGCCUGGCCCAGAGCUCUUGCCACACACGCUCUCGGGGGAGUCGGUGCAAGGUCUUCAAGUUCCCAAAGAGACAAACCAAUUUAACCUUAGUUAAACUCUGCUUAGGAAGAUACCAGAUGGGGUGGGGGUGGGGGCAGGGGUGGGGAUUGAUUUACUUUCCACCUGGUCACAUAGGACAUCAAAAAAAAUCCAUGACUGGAAAUUACUUAAUGCCAAAUGAAGACACUUUGUGGUCACAUUUUGCUGGUCCUAAAAGAUAAGAAAUAAAAAUAAAACUCUAUACUACUGAAUAAUACCUGAAGAUGUUGUCUUCCUGAAUUUUAGGGGAAUUUACUAGACUAUCAUGUCAUCAUAUUUUGGGAGUCGGCCUGUGUAUUUAUUUAUGAUGUAUUAAUAAUGGUAUUUAUCUUUAAAAAAUUAAAUUAAAUUAAUUAAAUUAAGCAGAGUGCACUUAACUUGGUUUGUUCUAAGUCGCUGAUGUUGCAAUAAACUUGUGUUCUUCCUGAAGAGUCAGCAGUGUAAGAUUUAAGCUGGAUAAUCUUUUUUCCCCCACAUUGAUGUUUUCUACAUUGUGUUUGGGGAAAAUAUUUUAAAAAUUCGAAGUUGAUUUUAUAUGUUUAGAAAAACGUGCUGAACACCCUUGACAUGCUUAUCUUUGUAAGAGAUGGGGAUUUCUUGUUUCCCUUGAAGUUUGGAAGCAAAAAAAUGGGGCUGUAACUCUUACAGAGUCUUUAGGGUACAGUGCCUGGGUGAGUGGCAAGAGGUGAGGUAUCCUGUCGGGAUAUUAUGAGGCAGGCACCGUUUGGAAUAGAUAUUCCCUCAGGUAUAUUUGUAUUUUUUAAAAGCUACCAUUUAAGUUUAAGAAAUCUAACCUUGUGAACUGAUACAAUUGUACCUUUAGAAUCUUCAUGGUAACUCAUCUCUGAGGUAUAGCUUAGAUCC